AUGCGCCAGACUACGCGCAACACCGUCGACCGGCUCGACAAGCCUAGCUCCUACGCUGCAAGCAAGCAACGUAGGAGGAGAUACGUUCCCGCCGAAGGCGAUGCCCACGACGAGCGCGAGAAAACCCCGGACUUCGAGGAUAAGCUGAAAGACGCGACUACUCUCUACGUCGGCAACUUGUCCUUCUACACUACUGAGGAGCAGAUCCACGAGCUUUUCGCGAAAUGCGGUGAGAUCAAGCGCCUCGUCAUGGGUCUGGACCGCUACCAGAAGACUCCCUGCGGUUUCUGCUUCGUCGAAUACUACAGCCAUCAGGAUGCGCUCGACUGCAUGAAGUACAUUGGCGGUACCAAGCUCGAUGAGCGCAUCAUCCGUACUGACCUUGACGAGGGAUUCUCCGAGGGCCGUCAAUACGGACGUGGCAAGUCGGGUGGUCAGGUCCGCGACGAGUACCGUGACGAGUAUGAUCCUGGCCGUGGCGGUUGGGGAAGGGCCAACGACCCCUACCGUGACGACUACAGGUAA